CAAGAUUGCAUCCAGAUCGGCUGCCUGCUUAAAGAUGAUUUUGGGAUUUUUUUUUUACCCAAAAUCAUAUUCAAAUAGGUUUUCCCUCAAGGCCCGGAAGUCAGUGCUGACACAGUGGGCAUUCCCCCCCUGCACACUGCUGCUUGUAAGGUAAUUUACUCCGUCAAGACAGUGACAGAUUUACUUCUUUCCACAGGAAAGAUUAAAAACAAAGAUUCUGCUGAACUGGAGGAGGGUCGAGGGCUCCAGCUGGUGCCGCUGACGGUUCAGUUCCAGAUGCAGCUGCUUCGGUGGCCCCAGGCAGCGGGGCUGGGCAGCGCGCCGCGGGCUGCCAUGUAUCCCAGGAUUAAAAACCUCGCACUUUAUGCCUUUUCCGUCAUGCUGCUGGCGUGGGUUUUUUACAUGAAGAAAGAGGCAAAGCUGGCAGCGUCGUCCACACACCAGAACGCGGAUGUAGCGAAGCACAAACCGAAGUCUUUGGAUCUGGACAAUGCUGAACCCACCAAGUGUUUGCCAAACUUGACCCUUGCCAAUUCUUCUCUCACCCUCCCAGAGCUUCACCGUGUCUUCUUAACAUACAAGCACUGCCGGAACUUCUCAGUCCUGCUGAAGCCUUCCAGGUGUAGCAAAGAGACGUUCCUCUUGCUGGUGAUCAAGUCUUCCCCGAUCAACGUAGACCGGCGGGUGGCAAUCAGGAACACGUGGGGGAAGGAGGGCUCCAUCCGUGGCAAGCACAUCAGGCUGGUGUUCCUUCUGGGGCGCUCGGAGGCCAAAAUCCAGGUACAGUCUCUUCACCAGCUGCUGGCUUACGAGAGCCAGGAGUUUGAUGACAUCUUGCAGUGGGAUUUUGUUGACAACUUCUUCAACUUGACCCUCAAGGAGCUGCAUUUCCUCCGCUGGUUCAUGGAGGACUGCCUGCACGCCAGGUUUGUGCUGAAGGGCGAUGACGAUGUCUUUAUCAACACUUACAACAUUGUUGAGUUCCUCCAAGAACUGGACCCUGAACAGGAUCUCUUUGUUGGGGAUGUGAUCACCAAUGCCCGGCCCAUCAGGAACACCAAGGUCAAAUACUUUAUUCCAGAGUCGAUGUACAGAGCCUCCUUCUAUCCCCUCUAUGCGGGUGGAGGGGGCUACGUGAUGUCUAGAAAGACAGUGCGCCGCCUCCAGAGCACCGCAGAGGACAUGGAGCUCUUCCCAAUAGAUGAUGUCUUUGUGGGAAUGUGUCUGGCAAAGAUGGCAGUGACCCCAAAGAACCACGCUGGCUUUAAAACUUUUGGGAUCCAGAGGCCUUUCAAUUCUUUUGAUCCUUGCUUGUACAAAGAGCUGAUGAUUGUGCACAAACUAAACCCGACCGAGAUGUGGAUCAUGUGGACGCUGGUAAGGGAUGACAGCAUCAGGUGUGCGGUGUCGGUAACGCACAGCUACGGAAGGGGCUGGCAAAGAACCUACUGAUGAGCACAGCUGGAUUGUGACUGGUGACAGAUGCAGGGUACUUAAACUAAAAAUCAGGUUGUGGUAAAAACGUGUCCUCUACUAACAGACUAGACUUGAGCCCUCGGGGUUUGUUUUGCAAUAAGUCUUCUGUUGGCAGGUUACUGAAGCAGUUGAAUUGCCAUGGGGCUGGUAGCCCGGUGAGACACAGCACAGGGGACUUGGCUCGGUUCCUCCCGGCCAGGCUGGAGCCAGAGGAAGUCACAACCGCCACAGCGACGUGGGCGAGGGGCCACUUGCUAUGGAGGCUCCGCCACACCGAGGUGGGUUCUGACUGCCAGCCACAGUCAGUCUCGUGUAGGAAAGCUGCUGAUGGCUAACGAGUGACAGAGCAUUGCGAUUACUUGAAGGGGUGAAAGAAAGGCCAGCGUGUGCUGCUGGGUCCACUGCAGCACAGCUCUGCUGCCCCAGGUCAGCAAUCCCAACAGGUCUGACUGGACAGUGGAGAAAGGGAGUGGAGCGGGGGGAAAAAAAAAUAACGCCUCAAACCGUAUUGCCUUAACACAGCAUGAUGAUCCGGACUGGGCUCCAGCUCAAGCCCUUUGGAUUUUACAAAAGUUCAUUACAUGUUUACUUGCACUGGAAGUUUUUGCACAAACAGUUUCUGACUGGGUUUGAGAGGAGCAGUAUGUCUUAAAUAAUCAGAGUGGUAGUUAAUGGUGGCUGUAGCUUCUCAUGUCGUGUGGGAGGUGUUUGGGUUUUUCAUUGUUGUUGUAA